GUGUUCAAUUCCAAGCGCUCUUUUACUCUUGUUUGGUAUUGUUCCUCUCAGGAUGCAAAAGUUAACAGAGGAAUAAUAAGCAACUGGCUCUAGCACGGGCUAAUGUAUGGGAAUAUUCUGCAGAGUAGGGAAUUCAUUUGAAUACUAUAUGAACAAAUCGCUCAAACGGGAGUCUAUCGCAUUCGUUAGAGAGAGAAAAGCUAUCUUAUUCACCAACCCGAAGAAAAGUGCAGUCAGUAUUAGCUAGCUAGCGAACUAGCAAGCAAGCGGACUGUGUGGUUUGUUCAGUUAAACUGUAAAUAACCGCUGUGGUUGAUAAUUUCAAGGAUUAUACUUUUUGUGCAACGGAUUUUUUUCUUUCUGUUUUUCCAAUUGUUAUUUGUGGACGGAUUAUUCGCAGAGCUCGUGUCGCCGACUGUACACCUCUGGCCUGUUGUGCUUCUCUCUAAAAUGCUGUUUAUCGCCCAGUCCUUCAUCUCUGUGUACUUUAUCACAAAAGUGCAGCGCUCUUCAUAUUGAGGAGACGUUAAUCCGGGUCUGACACUAAUGGAAGGCAGACUAUAGUCUGUGCAGACUUCGUUUAACGUUACAGCAGCCGGGCUGGCCGUCUCUGGAGGAUCCUCUAAACACUGACAUGUUAACAAGCAGACGACAGAAAGCCGCUCGUCUGCUUGCGAGUCAUGUCAAAUUACACUCUUUGUUUGAGGCGUUGGGUCAAGCCUGGUUGAUUGUGUUCUCCCAGUUAUUCUGCUUCGGGAGUCAGUUCAUCAGUCGCUCUCAGUAGCUGAUCAGCCCGCUCCCCUUGUCCUGCUAUUGACUGAAGUCGCUGAGAUGAACCCGGUAAACGCCACCGCGCUGUACGUGUCGGCGUGUCGCUCUCUUCUGCAGUGCGACCCGAAGGAUCCGGAGACAUACGGAGGGCUGUUCAACGUCCUGCCUUUCUUUAGAGACUCUCUAUCCUGCCUGGUGUGUGGAAAUUUGCUUCAGGAGCCGCUUGCUCCAAAAGAUUCCUCCUGCCAGCACUGUGUUUGCAAGGGUUGUAAAGGCAAGAAAAUGCUAUUGAAGCCAUCCUGCAGCUGGUGUAAAGACUAUGAGCAAUUUGAGGAGAAUAAACAGCUCCAGAUUCUGAUCGACUGCUACAGGAGUCUCUGCGAGUGUGUCUCGGUGUGCGUCAUGACAGAGCAGAGUGCCUUGGGGGUCAAAGGUUACACUGAGGUCAAGAAGAUGCUGGAAGAGGUGUUGGGGGUGAAGCAGGAACAAGAAGAGUUUAGUUCUGUCAAAGACACUGCACAUGUUCCUCAUCUCAAAACGGAGACAGACUCAGAAAACUCUGCUGACAUCAAACCCUCUGAGCAGAUCCCAGCUGAGCUAGAGACCCCCGAGCCUGUCAGUGCAGAUGAACCUCUGAGAUCUAACUCAGAACUACACAUGAAUACUGUCACUGUUAACGCUGUAAAGUGCAAAGUUAGUCAAGACGAAAGCGCUGAAUCCGUGCACCUCAGUGCGGAGAACAUAAGCAUCCUAGAGGACCUUAAAUCUGACAUUGCGAGCAAGGAGGUGUCUUGUGAACUGACUAAAUCAGCAGCAGAGCUAUGUCAGCACUCACAAACCAGCGGCGCCCUUACGCCAGGACACCCUCCACAGCCUCAGACGGGCCUGACGUGCCUCGCCGCAGCCCACAGAAAAGUGCGCCUGAGCCGAAAGCGCUCUCGCUCUGAGAGUGACCGCGAGAUGCUCCAACCUCUGCCCAUCACCAGCCUCAUCCAGGGGCCAUCGGUAGCGGCCACAGCUCCGUCGAAAACAGCGUUUGAACCGAAAGCUCCCUCCCCGCCGGUUGUCGUGGUCACUAAUGGAGGCGUUUUGAAGGUCAACAAGGCCAUGCUGGAUUCAACUAAAAAUAUCCAGAUAAACACAGACCUGGCUAAUAAGAAGGUUCAGGUCAAGUCUAAAGUGGCCGUCCCGAAGGCGAAGGGCAAGGCGAAGGACAGACUGCACUCGGCUAGCAUGCUGCCAGGCCAGCCUCCUAAAGUCGUAUACAAAAAGACACAAGAGAAAAAAGGCUGCAAGUGUGGACGAGCCACCCAGAAUCCAAGUGUUCUUACCUGCAGGGGUCAAAGGUGCCCCUGCUACUCCAACCGUAAGGCCUGUUUGGACUGCAUCUGCAGGGGCUGCCAGAACUCGUACAUGGCCAACGGGGAGAAGAAGCUGGAGGCUUUUGCCGUGCCUGAAAAAGCCCUGGAGCAGACCAGGCUCACGCUCGGCAUCAACCUCACCAGUAUUUCGGUCAGAAACUCUGGCACGAACGCUGCUGGGGUCCUCAGCCUGUCCGCGGGCUCGCCCAUGGCCUCUUUUCUCACGUCCAGCGCCGAUGAGGACCAGAGUUUUGAAGAUGCUCUCGAGAUGCAUUUUGACUGUUGAUCGCUGUCCUGCUACUGAUAUCUCUCUUAGCCGUGGUUGAUUCGAACAGAAAUUGUUUGCCAAAACUCUUGUCUGUGGUUUUUCCAUGUUCAACCUCUACCAUCAAACACACGCACACACUGCUGUAAUAGAAAGUUACUGUGAAGCUGAGCUUUAUGGCAUGUUUUGUUUUUAUUUUGAAGGAACUGUAUGCUUCUGCAUGACUGUUGUAGUCACAAUGAACUAAGGAUCUGAUAAACAUCUGCUUUUUUUCUUUAAAUGUUCGAUGACCCAAACCUUUGAUGAAUGAAUUUCACAGGUAUUUGUGAUACAUUUGUCUGCUAACACGUAUGGCUCAUUAUAAACUCUCCCAAAGCUAUUCAAUGAUUAACAUUUGUUUACAUUCUGUGGUGACUUUUUUUUCAAAUUUAUAUUUUUGAAUAUUUG